AUGGCUCAGCAGUUUUUAAGCAAUCAAAUUAUCACCUUGAAGAUGUAGGUAUUUAUUUAUUUGAGAUAAACAUACUACUAGAAAGAUUAAGUUAUUGAUAUGAUAUUAAUAGUUGAUGACACUUAUAAGUUUCAUGAGGAAAAUAUGAACACAGACAAUCAUUCACAUUAUAGUUUCUAUACAAAGAGAUUGCCUGUUGGAGUAACUAAUGCUAUUAAUAAUGGUGGCUCUUGUAUCUACUUUAACCCACUAAUACCUAUCAAGACCUUUAAGAAUCAGUAUGAUCCAAGUGCGAAAGAUCUCAGAAAGAUCAAAUACGGAGUAAUAAGCACAGAAAACGCUGUUAACGAUUUGAUUAGCUGGAAUGCUUUUGCUUUUGCUGGUAGACUACAAAAACCAAUCUUAACCUUCAUUAAUGAAUAAGAAAAUCAAGAAGUGCAUUUGGCAAAUGAGAAAAAUAGAGACAUGGCUUUGAAUUAAGCGAUUUUUAUGAACUUUCACCAGCAAAAGAAUGUUCAUUUGAUGGACUUAUACACUGACUUGUGUAGUUUGUCCUAUAGAGGAGAUAUUCGAAUGCGGUUUAAAAUGGAAAACCCUAAUAAAGUCAAGAACGUUGUCCUAGGUAGUUUCGAUCUCCUGAAUGAAGUUUAUCAGCCUAGACUAAAAAAUCUAGUCAAUGAUGGCAUCUUGGAAUAAGUUGAUAGCGAGAUGUUUAAAAUGAAGGCUUCUACUACAAAUGUACAGUAUUUAUUUGACCGAAUACCAGAUAGACUAAAAACAGAUAUGAAGAAGUCUGUAGUCCAGCUUAGCUUAAGGGAACUUUAGGAGGAUGUGCAGAAAAAUCUUGAAUCUGUAGUAUAUAAGACAUCUAAAGAAAUGAUAUUAAGUGGCCUGUACUCUACAAACCCUCUGAAAAAUCUGGCAUAUGUAUAUUCCAAAUACCAAAAAGGCAGGGGCAAAAAGUGA